CUCUGCCUAGCAUGUUGUUUAUUGGUGACUGGAGAUAGAGAGGACAAACCUGGAUACAUCAAAUACUUUGUGAAGAUAGGAUCAUAGGACCCGGUUCAACAACUUUGAGGCCACUUAAUAUUUUCCUCUUUUCUAUCUAUUUCUCUCUCUCUCUCUCUAUCUCUACUGCCUGCAAUUAUCAAUCAAACAAUGGCUUCCAACAUCAGUCUCCCUACCUUUCAAGGCCCUCUUCUAAAAUCCAAUUUCCUAGGAAGAAAUGACCUCUCUAAUCUGGCCCCCAAGCCUUCUUUCACAGUUCAAAGAAGGCCAUCCACCCAUCACCUAAGAACAUAUGCCAAGUUUAAUCUAUUCGAAAUCUUGGGAGGCAGAGGGCUCUUAAAUGGUGAGCGAGGUGUUGAGAAAGAGCUUACAAGAAACGUCGAAGAACAAGCACCAGCAGCUGCUGGUGAUGAAGCAGAGAAAACAGAGGGAGAAGAAGGUUCGGGAAUUACUGCCAUUGACAGUGCUCAAGAAGCUGCUUUUGAAAAGGAGAUGAUGGGGCUUACUGGGGGAUUUCCUGGUGGCGAAACGGGGUUGCAAAAGUUCAUUGAGAAAAACCCACCUCCCAAGAAACCACCAGCUGCAGACUCUGGAACAACAGCAGCGCUUGUGAGCUCAAAGAAGCCAAAAGCACCUGAAUUGCCAUUGUUACUACCUGGUAUGAUCGCCAUAGUGAGCAAUCCAAAUAACCCAUAUCACAUGUACUGUGGGAUUGUUCAGAGAAUCACUGAUGGGAAAGCUGGGGUUCUUUUUGAGGGAGGAAACUGGGAUCGGUUAAUCACUUUUCGACUAGAUGAGCUAACUCGCAGAGAGAAGGGACCACCAGGGAAGAACCCCAGAUCCGCGAUUCUUGAACCGCUCCUUAAAAAGGAUUCUGAAUGAGUCAUUCUCUUUAAUUUCUGUAUCAUAAGCAUGUGUAUUUAUAUUCCAAACGUGCAAAUAAAGAAAUUCCUAGCUCAUAUGAAAAUCUCUUUAUUUCUCAACUGUAAGUUGCACGCACAAGAGAGAAGAUAUGUCAAGGAUGGAAUUCAAUAUCACAUAUUUAAGUUGUUUGACUACAUUUAUGAAUUUCAGCCAGUAGUUGUCGUUCAAACAAUGAAAAGUGAACUAGGAGCACUACCAAGUGCUUAAAAUGGUCAGAACGAUGUGCAGAAUAUAAACCUCCAUUAUUUAAGCUCAGGAGAAGAUCAGAUGCAGCCACCCAAC